UUUCAUCCCUUUCCCCUCAUUCUCUAUAUAAACCCCACCAUUGCCAGCCAACCAACCUCACCCAACAAAUCAGUGAGAACCAAAAAUAAAGAAAGAAAAAAGGAACAUGGGUUCAUUUCCUUACAUAGUGGAAGACUGCAUGGGAUUCGUUCAAGUGUUAAGUGAUGGCACCAUUUUCAGGUCCAAAAGCAUACAAUUUAACAUGCCUUCCAUCGAUGAAAAAUCUGUUCAUUUCAAAGAUGCUAUGUUUGACAAAAACCAUAAUCUCCAUCUUCGAAUUUACAAACCCACAUCAGCAUCUUUAACAAGCAAUGAUUAUAAGCUCCCCAUCAUCAUUUUCAUUCAUGGUGGUGGUUUUUGCCUAGGCUCUCGGAUGUGGCCUACCUGUCACAAUUCCUGCCUUCGCCUAGCGUCGGGGCUCAACGCGCUCGUCGUCGCACCGGACUACAGGUUGGCCCCGGAGAAUAGGCUGCCGGCAGCUAUGGAUGAUGCAGCCACUGCCGUGAAGUGGUUGCAAAGUCAAGCUUUGAGUGAAAAUAGUAGUGAUGCAUGGCUCAACAGUAGCGAGGUUGACUUUGACCAGGUUUUUGUCUUGGGUGACUCGUCAGGGGGCAAUAUUGCACACCAUUUGGCAGUUAGGUUUGGUGCUGGUUCGACAGAGUUGGCUCCGGUUCGAGUACGAGGUUACGUGCUGUUGGCACCAUUCUUUGGUGGCGUGGUCAGGACAAAGUCCGAGGCGGGACCUAGCGAGGCUUUGUUGAAUCUUGAGAUACUUGACAGGUUUUGGAGGCUGUCAAUGCCAAUUGGAGAGACAAGAGACCACCCUUUGGCAAAUCCAUUUGGUCCGUUGAGCCCUAGCCUUGAAGCAGUAAGCCUUGACCCCAUCUUGGUCAUUGUAGGUGGCAAUGAGUUGUUGAAAGACAGGGCUGAGGAUUAUGCAAGAAGAUUAAAAGACAUGGGAAAGAAAGUUGAAUACGUUGAGUUUGAAGGAAAGGAACAUGGUUACUUCAAUUAUGAUCCUUACUCUGAUGCUGCAAAUGAAACCUUGCAAAUUAUCAGAAGAUUUAUGUCUGACAACUCUGCUUGAGAUCAAGGGCUCCUAGCUAUAUUUGGAUGUAUAUUUUUCUUUUUUUGGUGGCAUUGCCAAAAAUAUUGCAUGUAUGGUCCUAGGAAAUAUUUAUAGUAGUAACAUAUAUGUGCAUGAGUGUGAGGUUAUAUGAUUGGAUAAUAAAAUAUUCUGAUGGUUGAAAUUUCCUUUUU